AUGACCCCGUUCUUCGGUCGAGUCCGGGCGGCUGUCUCGCGCCGGGGAAAGCGAGCAUCCUCCUUCAAUAUAGGACCCAAGGAGUCACCCUGGAAGCGACUUCCCGAUAACGUUUUUGUGGUUCUACUAGCGCUCUGUGAGAUCGACGAUAUUGCUAGUCUCACUCUAGCCUGUCGAUUAUUGCACCACCGAAUUUCAAAGAAUGAGUUCAUGAUCGCACAGACUUAUCUCAACCUACGUAGGCAGAAGUGGACCAGGCAAAACGAAAAUGACGCUGGCCUCAGCCUCUCACCAGGGGAUGAUUUGACAUUUAUCUCCGAGCUUUUCCCACCCCCACCACCUCAGUAUGCCGUGGGCGAGCACUACUACAGUGAUGCCGAGUAUUCACUGGCAUAUAUAGCCGAUCUCAGGAGGUGUUGGACGACCUGCAUACAGCUAUCCUAUCACUUGGCUGAUCAUGCAGUUCGACAUCAUCUAGAGACAGAUGCCAUUGCCCGCCCACUCUGGCGUUCGUCCAAAACGGAGAAGGAAUUCAUUUACAGCAAAGUGCUUACGCUAUAUUUUUUUCUCGAAUCCUCUGCAGCCGAGGGCCCAGUAUGGGAUUGCCCUGCAUCUGAUCAAUUCAUCAAUCUCUCUAGCUCUGUUGAAAAACAGCAAAAGAUUCUCGAGGGGCCGCCAUUCAACGACACCCAAAUUCUUAUUUCGACUCAGCAUUGCAUGCAACUGCUAUGCUCUACCGUCCGACGACUCAUGAACCCAGAUUUCCCCUAUUCAUCCUCGGAAAGCUGGAUGAGUCUUCUUCUGUUCACGUCAACCUUGGAACGCAUCGAUCAAUUCUUCAAAGCCGUUGCAAUGGACGAAAAUAAGAAGGAUAACAUGCCACCAAACUCAGGUUGGUCCCAUCGCAAGGAGUUUAUGUGGCAGAUGCGCGAAGACCUAGGUCACUAUCUGGCUUCCAGUGGGCCGCUUAUUGCUGGAACACCAGCGAUUCAACCGAAACUUGAUCAUAUUUGGUUUGGCGCUGCGUAUCGUGAAUUGGCCGAACGAGGAGCGAUUCCACAUUUGACCGAUGAGCCAGUUCCCAUCCUUCGUGGGUCUACAAUAGCCCUCCGCUGUAUACAUUGCUGGGAGGAGGGCUAA